UUGUGUGAGCACCCGAGAGUGCAGCCUGGCCCCACAGGGAAGGAAGGCAGGUGCUGUGGGGCCCUGGGAGACGUGGCAGUGCCUGCAGGGGGAGGGGACAAGGCAGCAGGCCCACCAUUAGCACCAUGCUCCUGGGGAUCCUCGUGGUGCUCUGCUUCAUCCCCACUGCUGAUGUAACAGAAAACAAGAUUUUAGUGGCUCAGCAUCCUUUGCUCAUCGUAGCUAACCAAACUGCAACUCUAGUUUGUAACUACAAAUACAAUGGGACAGGGAAGGAAUUUCGAGCUUCGCUACACAAAGGAACGGACAGUUCAGUUGAAGUUUGCUUUAUUUCAUGGAACACGACCAAAAUUAGCAGCAAUUCAAAUAAAGAAUUCAACUGCCAAGGGGAUCAUGAUAAAGACAAAGUCAUCUUCAAUCUUUGGAACAUGAAUGCCAACCAAACUGACAUCUACUUCUGCAAAAUUGAGGUCAUGUAUCCACCCCCAUACGUCUACAAUGAGAAGAGCAAUGGGACUGUUAUUCACGUGAAAGAGACACCCACCCAAAUACAAGAGCCUCAGUCGGCAAUUCCUUUGUGGAUUCUGGCAACAGUGACUGGAAUUCUUGCAUUCUACAGCAUGCUAAUAACUGCAGUUUUUAUUAACUACUGGCAAAAAUCCAAAAAGAAUAUGUACCAUCAGAGUGACUACAUGAACAUGACUCCCCGGCACCCGCCAUACCAGAAGAACAAGGGUUACCCGUCCUAUGCGCCAACACGGGACUACACCGCCUAUCGGUCCUGGCAGCCCUGAUCCCAGCAGCGCACCCACCAGGAGCCUCCUGUCCUUCCAGGCAGUCGCUUGCUCUGGGGCAUGGAAGGACAGCCUCUCAUUUUCUCGUCGUGUUUAUUGCUAUUGUUCACAGACACCUACACCAUAGCAAGUAUUAGAUAAACUUUGAUCUACUAAAAGAAAAUCCAGACCAACAAACAAAUAUAAAAAGGGGGACGGAGGGGGAGAAGUAAAAAAAGAAUUUUUUUCCAUGAUGGCUGAAAAUGAGGCCCAGCUUGUGUUGAGGGUUGUCAGUGGGUAAGAUGGAAAGAUGGCAUCAGUCCUCAGAGCUGGUCUCUUCGUAAUACUUGUGGUUUUGCUUAGCUGUUGGAAGAAGCAGAACUUCUGAUCUUUUCCAAUAACUACUGCCUUAGAUUUAACCCUUAAUUUCCUUCCCUGUAUGUGUAAUCCCUCAGACUGUUGCUGUUAAGCCUGGCAAAAUGUAAAAAAUAAUCUUUUUUUCUCUACAAGACCAGGACACAGUUUGAAGUUCAAAACACGUGCUUAAAAGAAAGAGGAGAAGGUCAGCCAGAAGGCAUCCAAGCUAUUAGGCUAUGGAAAAAAUAGUCUGCCAGGACAAAUCAAGCUGAUAGAAAACUAGUAAACCUUCAGCAUGUGAGUCCUUGGGCUGGACACUGUGUAGAUGUUCGUAAGGCCACCUGCAGUCGUGACCAAGGAACUCCACUGACUGAAAAAGCAAGCAACCUGAAGACAAAAUCAAGACAAGUGGGAGAGGAAGAAAGAUCUGUCUUAAUCACAAACAACCCCAUUUCUGAUUUGUUUGCCUUCUGCAUCAAGGGAAUGCAAAGUUAUAUAUGAAGCAUUAGAAGACAGAGACCUCGGAUUUUGAGAAGAUUUUUACUUUUAUUUUUGAAUUUGAUAAUUCAGAAGGUAUUCUCCUGAGUCCUCCUGAAAAUUCGUGCACAUCUUCUGGCACCUAGGUUGUACCAGAGCGCUUACAAAAAUCUGUGCUGACUUAUGAGCAACUAAAGACCACUUGAAUUUUUUUUCCCAUAAGCACCCAGUUUUUGUGGUGUGAGAGGAUUCUUCAUUCCCAGCAUUGUAAAUGGACCUGCAAGUUCUCAGACAUAUGCAGGAUCUGCUCUGGACACUUUGAGGAACUUUGUGUUAUCUGGAAAUUACUUUUCUCUCUAAAUAUGUUCUUCAGGACUGUCCAUGCCAGAGUAGGACAAAGUAUUUAGCAAAACAUGAUUCAUUCUUUCAAUCUAGUAUGUUUACAAUAACAGGACAUCCUAAAUUGUGAUUGGGGUUGCCUUGGCAUAAAAUCCCUUUUCAUACAGAAGAGACAAUGUUUAUUUUAUAGAAACUACUGAAUAAACAAUUAAAAGAAAAAAAAAAAUCCACAUUCCACCUUGAAAUAAAAUUUGGAUUGUACAACA